AGUGAUCAGUGAAGAAUGAAGAGAAACACUUUCAAGAAGGACUUUGUUUCUGAACAAACAGCAGAUCUUUGUGAUUCUCAUGGUGAUUCAUUUAUGAAAGUAAAGUUUAGAUUGCUGGAGCUCAAACAGUGAAAAUGGAUUCACUAAAUGUAUCUGCAGAAGAGCUUUCUUGUCCAGUGUGCUGUGAAAUCUUCAAGGAUCCUGUUAUUUUAUCAUGCAGUCACAGUGUCUGUAAACAGUGUCUUCAACAGUUUUGGAGAACCAAGAAAACUCAGGAGUGUCCUGUCUGCAGGAGAAGAUCCUCAAAAGAUCGGCCUCCUGCUAAUCUAGUGCUUAAAAAAUUGUGUGAUUCAUUCACGAAGGAGAGGAAGGAGAGAAAUGAGAGGCGUUCAUCAAGAUCUGAGGAGAUCUGCAGUUUACACAGUGAGAAACUCAGACUCUUCUGUCUGGAGGACAAACAGCCUGUGUGUUUAGUGUGCAGAGAUUCACAGAAACACGUCAGUCACACAUUCAGACCCAUCAGUGAAGUGGUUUCAUCACAUAAGGAGGAGCUCAAUACAGCAAUGAAGUCUUUACAAGAGAAACUUCAACAAAAAGAAAAAAUUAAAGGAGAGUUUGAGAAAACAGUUCAACACAUCAAGUCUCAAGCUGAGCACACAGUGUGUCAGAUUAAACAGCAGUUUGAGAAGCUUCAUCAGUUUCUCAGAGAUGAAGAAGAAGCUACAAUCACUGCACUGAGGGAGGAAGAGGAGCAGAAGAAGCAGAUAAUGAAGGAGAAGCUGGAGGAGAUGAACAGACACAUCUCAGCUCUUUCACACACAAUCAAAGACAUGGAGGAGAUGAUGAAAGCCAGUGACGUCUGCUUUCUGAAGGAGUUUCCAGUCUCGAUGGAAAGAAUCCAGAGCUCACAGCCGGAUCCACAGAUGGCUUCUGGAGCUUUGAUUCAUGUGCCACGUUACUUGGGCAACCUGCCGUUCAGAGUCUGGAAGAAGAUGGAGGACAUUGUCAAAAACACUCCUGUGAUUCUGGAUCCAAACACGGCUCAUCCACGUCUCGUUGUGUCUGAUGAUCUGACCAGUGUGAGAAUCAGUGAGAACAAACAGUCUGUUCCUGAUAAUCCAGAGAGAUUCGACUGGUAUCUCUGUGUUCUGGGUUCAGAGGGUUUUAACUCCGGAACACACUGCUGGGAUGUGGAGGUUAAAGAGAGUCAAUACUGGGAACUUGGAGUAACUACAGCAUCAAACCCGAGGAAGGGAAAUGAUUUCUUCAACACAGAUGUCUGGUGUGUGCAGUACAAAUGGUCUGAACGAUCUCGUUUUCGUGUUAAACAGAAGCUUGAUCGUGUGAGAGUGUGUCUGGACUAUGAUAAAGGAAUGGUGUCAUUCUCUGAUCCUGUAACUAACACACAUGUACACACAAUCACAGCCACCUUCACUCACACUGUCUUUCCAUUCUUUCGUUGUUUGUUUUCUUCUUUGAAGAUCUUACCGGUCAAUAGUCAGUAAAGCUAACUCCUGUAGUUCUUCCUGAUUUCAUCAUGUUUCCAAUAUUUAAUCCAUAUCACAUGAGUAAGAGUGCUGUUGAUCUGAACAUCAGUACGGUGGCUGUGAUGAUCACAUGACUGAUAUCCAGCAUUACAGCAACACUCACACUCUCAUAUUGCUUUAAUACAACAGAUCAAUAAACAACAAGUUUUCAAUUAUAAAACACCUUAGAGACGAUUUAGGAUUCAUGUUUUCAGGCUUCAGAAAAAAACAAACAAACAAUGAUAAUAGUGUGAUUUCAGUACCGUUUUCAGAAUUAAAGGUUAAAUGUUCUGGCUUGAUAAUUAGGUUUGAAGUCAUGGAAAAGUUGUGGAAAUUAAUUUAUCUAAAAGAGUGUAAUCAGUGGAUUUGUUUUACUUUUGUUUGAAAUUGUGGUAAUUGUGCAGUUGACUCAAGUUGAAUAUUUAAAAAAAAAAAAAAUUUUAAUUGCUCACCAUCCUAAUGUUUCUCAAGUGAAGGAUUUGUUUACAUUUAGUGAAAAAGGUGUCAUUCAUGUAAAAUACUAUUUUUAUGUAAAUCCACUUUGACAGUUUACAGUUGCAUGAACAAGUAUGAAGUAUUGCAGAAUCUGUGAAAAUGUGAAUAAUUUUAACAAAAUAAGAGAGAUCAUAGAAAAUGCAUGUUAUUCUUUUUAUUUCUGAGUAAGACAUUUUAUAUAGAAGAUGUUUACAUAUAGUCCACAAGACAAAAAAAAAUUAUGAAAAAUUAUUCUGUUAUUGUUGAUGUUUUAGAUGAGCAUGCUCCAAUUCCUUAUAAUGCUCCCCCUGGUAUAAUGCUGAGCUUCAUGCUAUGAAGGCAAAAGGCAGACAGCUUGAACACCUUUUUAGAAAAACUCGCUUGACUGUCCAUUUUCAAAUAAUUUCAGAACAUAUUAGGCAUUAUAAAACUGCCUUGAAUGCAACACGCUCUUCCUAUUUUUCUGACAUCAUCAAUAAAGCUAACAAUAGGCCAAAAACACUGUUUAGCAUGGUUAACAAAUUAGUCCAGCCUCCUAGCUAUAGUCCCAGUAAAUAUGAAUGUUAUGAUUUGUGUGGCUCUUUCUUGCGCCACUUUCAAAUAAAAUUGGAUGCUCUAUGUGGGUCUCUUGGCAUUGAACCAGUCACUUCUACUUGUGAGCAAGCUCAUUCUAUUCAACUGUUUAAUAAUUUUGCCUCAACAAAUCCAACCUUAAUUGCUGAAAUAAUACAGAACUCUAAUUCCUCCUCAUGCCAAUUAGAUCCUGCACCCACAUUCCUUCUGAAACACUGUACUUCUGUCAUUUCUGCUCCUAUCUCACACUUAGUAAAUAUGUCCUUUAUCUCUGCCACUGUUCCAACUUCACUGAAAACUGCUGCUGUUACUCCUCUUCUUAAAAAACUAAACCUGGACCCAGCAGAUUUCAAAUCUCCAAUUUACCAUUUGUUUUGAAAAUUAUGGAAAAAGUUGUUCCCAAUCAGCUACAGUCUGUUCUAUCUCUCAGCAAUCAGUUCGAUGCAUUUCAAUCUGGUUUCUAAUUUAAAAUAGAUGUUUUCUAUGUGAAUAUUUUGUAAAAUGCACAAUAUAUGUGGUCAAAGCUGAAUUUUCAGCAUCA